GGGGAAGCGACUGGCUGCAGCUCGGCGAACAAGCGUGCACAAGUUGGAGAGCAUGGCUCACUCCAAGAAUCGAGCCACAGAUGGCAAGAUCACCUACCCGCCGGGGGUGAAGGAGAUCUCUGACAAGAUAUCGAAGGAGGAGAUGGUGCGGAGGCUCAAGAUGGUGGUGAAGACUUUUAUGGACAUGGACCAGGAUUCGGAGGAGGAGAAAGAGCUCUACCUGAACCUGGCCCUGCACCUGGCCUCAGACUUCUUCCUGAAGCACCCAGACAAAGACGUCAGGCUCCUGGUGGCCUGCUGCCUGGCUGACAUCUUCCGGAUCUAUGCUCCGGAGGCGCCCUACACAUCCCCAGACAAGCUGAAGGAUAUAUUUAUGUUUAUAACUCGACAACUGAAAGGUUUGGAAGAUACCAAAAGCGCCCAGUUCAAUAGAUAUUUUUACUUGCUGGAGAAUAUUGCUUGGGUCAAAUCCUAUAACAUCUGUUUUGAAUUGGAGGACAGCAAUGAAAUAUUUACUCAGCUGUACAGAACCCUCUUCCAAGUGAUCAACAACGGGCACAAUCAGAAGGUUCACAUGCACAUGGUGGACCUGAUGAGCUCAAUCGUCUGUGAGGGCGACUCUGUGUCUCAGGAGCUUCUGGACACCGUCCUGGUCAACCUAGUUCCAGCACACAAGAAUCUGAACAAACAGGCAUAUGACCUGGCCAAAGCCCUACUGAAGAGGACGGCGCAGGCCAUCGAGCCUUACAUCACAAACUUCUUCAACCAGGUGCUGAUGCUGGGGAAGACGUCGGUGAGCGACCUGUCGGAGCACGUCUUUGACCUGAUCCUGGAGCUCUACAACAUCGACAGCCACCUCCUCCUGUCUGUGCUGCCCCAGCUGGAGUUCAAACUCAAGAGCAAUGACAACGAUGAACGCCUCCAGGUUGUGAAACUCUUGGCUAAGAUGUUUGGGGCCAAGGACUCAGAGCUGGCGUCUCAGAAUAAGCCUCUGUGGCAGUGCUACCUGGGGAGGUUCAACGACAUCCAUGUUCCAAUUCGCCUGGAGUGUGUGAAGUUUGCUAGUCACUGUCUGAUGAACCAUCCCGAUCUGGCUAAGGACCUCACAGAGUAUCUUAAAGUGAGGUCCCACGACCCAGAGGAAGCCAUCCGCCACGACGUCAUAGUGUCCAUCGUCACCGCCUCCAAGAAGGACCUCUCGCUCGUCAACGAUCACUUGCUGAACUUUGUGAGGGAGAGGACACUCGACAAGCGGUGGAGGGUGCGUAAGGAAGCUAUGAUGGGUCUGGCACAGAUCUAUAAGAAGUACUCUCUGCAGGCAGAGGCCGGCAAAGAAGCAGCCAAGCAAAUCUCCUGGAUCAAAGAACUGCUGCAUAUCUACUACCAGAACAGCAUAGACGACCGGUUGCUUGUGGAACGAAUCUUUGCCCAGUACAUGGUGCCUCACAACCUGGAGACCACAGAGCGGAUGAAGUGUCUGUAUUACCUAUACGCUACGCUGGAUUCCAACGCAGUGAAAGCCCUCAACGAGAUGUGGAAGUGUCAGAACAUGCUGCGACACCAUGUCAAAGAUCUCCUGGAUCUGGUCAAGCAGCCGAAGUCGGACUCCUACAGCAAGGCAGUGUUCUCGAAAGUCAUGGUAAUCACAAGGAACCUGCCAGAUCCGGGAAAGGCGCAGGACUUUGUGAAGAAGCUGGCACAGGUCCUGGAGGAGGAUGAGAAGAUCCGUAAGCAGCUGGAGACAUUGGUCAGCCCCUCCUGCUCCUGUAAGCAGGCUGAAGUGUGCGUGAAAGACAUCACGAAGAAACUGGGCAGCCCUAAGCAGCCCAGCAACCCUUUCCUGGAGAUGGUGAAGUUCUUACUGGAGAGGAUCGCCCCUGUCCAUAUUGACACAGAGUCCAUCAGUGCACUUAUCAAACAGGUGAACAAGUCGAUCGAAGGGACGGCCGAUGACGAGGACGAGGGCGUCCCCACGGAGCAGGCCAUCAGAGCCGGCCUGGAGCUCCUCAAGGUCCUGUCCUUCACCCACCCCGUGUCCUUCCACUCGGCCGAGACGUUCGAGUCCCUGCUGGGCUGCCUCAAGAUGGACGACGAGAAGGUGGCAGAGGCAGCUCUGCAGAUCUUCAAGAACACUGGCAGCAAGCUGGAGGAGAGCUUCCCGCACAUCAAAUCUGUCCUGCUGCCGGUACUCCAGCACAAGGCCAAAAAGGGGCCCCCCCGCCAGGCCAAGUUCGCCAUCCGCUGCAUUCACGCCAUGUUCUCCAACAGGGACACCCACUUUGCCCAGAUCUUUGAGCCUCUGCACAAAAGCCUGGACACAGAGAACAUGGAGCAGCUGAUAACCCCUCUGACCACCCUGGGCCACCUGGCCAUGCUGGCCCCGGAGCAGUUCGCUGGACCCCUCAAAUCCCUGGUGGCCAACUUCAUUGUCAAAGACCUGCUGAUGAACGACAGGAUUCCUGGCAAGAAAACCACCAAGCUCUGGGUUCCAGACGAUGAGGUUUCCCCUGAAACGCUGGCUAAGAUCCAGGGUAUUAAGCUGAUGGUGCGGUGGCUGCUCGGGGUAAAAAAUAACCAGAGUAAGUCGGGUAACUCCACGCUGAGGAUGCUUACUGCCAUACUGAACAGUGAUGGAGACCUAACGGAGCAGGGCAGGCUGGGGAAGCCAGACAUGUCGCGGCUGCGCUUGGCGGCGGGUUGUGCGGUGUUGCGUCUGGCUCAGGAACCCUGCUACCAUGAGAUCAUCACCCUGGAACAGUACCAGCUCUGUGCUCUUGUCAUCAACGACGAGUGCUACCAGGUGCGGCAGGCAUUUGCACAGAAGUUGCACAAGGGCCUGUGUCGCCUGCGGUUGCCGCUGGAGUACCUGGCGGUGUUCGCGCUGUGUGCCAAAGACCCGGUGAAGGAGCGGCGAGCACACGCCCGCCAGUGCCUGGUCAAGAACAUCAACCUGCGGCGAGAGUACCUCAAACAGCAUGCUGCCGUCAGCGAGAAGCUGAUCUCCCUGCUUCCAGAGUAUGUGGUACCGUACGCCAUCCACCUGCUGGCACAUGACCCAGACUAUGUCAAAGUACAAGACAUAGAGCAGCUCAAAGACAUCAAAGAGUGAGUCUCCACAUGGCUUCUGUGGUUUAUUUUGGAGAUCUUAAUGGCCAAAAACGAGAACAACAGUCAUGCGUUUAUUAGGAAAAUGGUAGAGAACAUCAAACAGACCAAAGACGGCCAAUCUCCUGACGAUGCCAAGAUAAAUGAGAAACUCUACACGGUGUGCGACGUAGCCAUGAAUAUCGUCAUCUCCAAGAGCACCACAUACAGUCUGGAGUCGCCAAAAGACCCUGUGCUGCCUGCACGCUACUUCACCCAGCCUGACAAGAAUUUCAGCAACACAAAAAAUUACCUUCCUCCUGAGAUGAAGUCAUUUUUCACCCCUGGCAAGCCCAAAGCAGCAAAUGUGCUUGGGGCGGUGAACAAACCCUUAUCAGCCACAGGCAAGCUGCAGACCAAGUUGUCCCGCAUGGAGACCAUCAGCAACGCCAGCAGUAACUCCAACCCCAGCUCCCCUGGCCGCAGCAAAGGAAGACUUGACGUAGCCGAAGUGGACCACAGUGAGAAUGAGGACAUCUCUAUGAAGAGCCCGUCUGAGGGAGACAAGCCCAGCAGGGGGCGCAAGCGAGGCGGCGCCUCCAGCCAGGAGGACAAGACGCAGGAGUCGAAGCCCAAGCGUGGCCGCAAGAGGGCGGCCAACAGCAGUGUGGACAACACGGAGGAGCCCUGGGGCGGUGAGGACAGCAGUGUGGCGGAGACGGCCACCGAGACGGAGGAUGAGCAGAACAGCCCACCCAAGCGGGGACGGCGGGGACGGCCACCCAAGUCGGCCACCGUCGCCGCUGCCAGGGACGACACCCCCGGCAAGGGGAGGAGAGGGCGCAGGAAGGUGGCUCCGCCCCCAGAAGAGGAGCACGACGAAGAGCAGGAGGGCGAAGAGGAAGAGGAGGAUGAAGGGGAAGCAGGCAGUGAAAAUAUGGAAGUAAAACCUAAAGGCAGGGGCAGAGGCCGCAGGCCCAGAGCGGCACCGUUGGAGGCCACCAGCGAUUCAGUCGAAUCCACCCCGCAGAAAAGAAGGGGGCGACCUCCGAAGUCUCAGACGGCAGCUAAAAAAUCAGGUGGCGGGCGGCCCAGGGCAGCAGCCGCCAGCCAGGAGGAGGAGAGCGAGGAGGAGAUGGAGACAUCCCAGCAGAGCGAGGAGGAGGUAGAAGAGGAGCAGUCACAGGACUCCUCACCUAAAGUGCGACGGAAGGCCGGAAGGCGAGAUCGGAGAUGAGGGAGAUGACGCACUCGAGCGAGCAGGAUUCGUGACAGCUGAGCGUAGGAAAGCCCUGGAAGACAAAGGAGGGACUUUUUUUUUUUUUUGGGAGACAUUUGGGACUUUAUAGAGCCCUGCAUUUGCUUCAGCUGUAUUUUGCUGUCUUUUCCGCUGUAUGCUUUAGCCACGCCUACACACCAUGACUCGUGGUUUGUUUUGCAUCGUUGCGUGUGCUGACCAUGUGAAAGAUCUUAACCUACACAAAAAAUGUAAAUAGUGUUUGUUCUGUCAUCCCUCCCCCCCACCCACACCCAACUUUAGGGAGACGACUGUAUAGCUUUUACCCUUCUGGCUUUAAAGAUAUUGCACCAGCUGAACUGUCCAAGUAUUAAAGAAAAUGAAAUUCUGAAAAGCAUCUUUUAGCAGUACUGUAUAUGUCCAGUGUGUUUUCUGUGUCAUUCUGUACUGUGCAACAUAAAUAACUUGUUUUGUAGUUCCAUUUUUUAUUCGUUUGUCUUUUUUUCUUUCCCUUUUUUAACGCCCUCUCAUUUGUGUAUCACUUGUGUGCAUAUUGUUGUGGAUGUGCAAAUGUGCCUAGGUGGGGGGAAGGAAGCACUGGUCAAAUGAUGAAACCACCUAUUUGUUAUCUUUCCCUGCUCAGUAUUGAUCUUAUCAGUGUUUGGAAGAACAGAGGAAGUCUAGUACAGAGCAUCCAUUUUAAUAUUGGCUGUGUAUUGCAAAACAGUUGCAGAUUAAAAUUCCCCAAACCACUUUUUCAGUCUGCUGAACCAAUAAAAUAUUCUGUUUUAAUAAUA